GUCGCAGCCAACGGGACGCUGCCACUGCGCGGACCGUGCCCGGAGGACAUAUAUGGUGCGCCUGCAACGUGUGCAACUGGCGGCCGAGCGGCGGAGCAUCCCUAGCAGUCUGCCGACUGGCGCCGAGCGAGCCAGCCGUCCGUCAAGAUGAAGCUGAUGUUACGGCCCCUGGCGCUGGCUGGACUCGCCGUGACCCUGGUCCUGGUGGCUUCCGAGCAGCCGGAACAGUCACAGGUCGCCCCAGUCUCGGCUGAUCAAGCCAAGCGAGAGGGGAAGCUGUUCUUCGGCGGCCUGUACUCGACGGUGACGCGUCUCUCGAUCUCGCUAACCACCACCGGCACGCGCUUCUUCACGUGCAUCAGCGCCAUCGACAACACGCAAACGUGCACGGGCCGACGGCGCAGGAGGAACGUCAUCCAGGGCCUGCCCUCAGAGCUGUCACCGGAUCAGUACCAGCGCGGCCCGGUGCCCGUCUACAGCUCCCUGCAGCCAGAGGCAGAGGCCGGAGUGCACACCGACUCGGAGGUGCGCGACCCCAAGGGGCUCUUCCUGACCAUCUUCACCACGACCACGAGCAGCCUGACGCUGGGCACCUUCUUCUCUGACACGGGCACCACCGUCUCCCUCAGCGUGGCCUGCUUCGACCCGUCCUUCAGUUUCCCGCCGGCCUGCUAGGACCCGGUGCCGUGAGGCUCCGCCGAGGCACUGUUUGCUGUUUAGCCGAAGGCUGAGAGCUCAUGUCGUGUGACUUCCUGCUCAGUUAUUUUUCCCUCUUGUUAUCAGUGACUUGUGAUUACGUGAGCCGUGUUCGGUAAUACACAUCUGCAAAUGUAUGCUUAA